AUGCUGGGUUUUGGGCGCAUGGGUUGCAGCGCAAUGCGCAUGAAGACCCGGCUAUUUGGACACCGUUCCUUCUCAGAAGCGAACCGAGCCCUGAGGGAUAGACGAUCUUUGAUCCUCGCCUCCAAACUUCCGAGUGCUGAACAACGUGUGAGCAAGGACGAACUGAGGAAAAUGUGUCAGACGCUGAGCCUCCCGGUCACGGGGAACAAACAGGAGCUGGUGGACAGAAUCAGGAACAAGGACGUGGAGCUUGCUGCGGCGAUCGAUGCCUUGGAAAAGAUGCCGAAGCAAGCGAGAAAGCGCCCGGCGAGGGAGGAGCGGGCUCUGAAUGAGAGCGUACAAGGAGCGGAGCUUUCAGACUCGAAGCGAGCGAUCGGGCGGGUAGUGAACCAAUUCUACGAUGCGCUUGAGGCUGGGGACAUCAAGGCCAUGAUGAGAUUAUGGCGCAAUGCAGACUACGUGAAGUACAGCCACGAGUCCAAUAGGCUCGUGAUGGGAUACGAUAAACUGCAUGAGUUCUGGUUGACGAAACCUGACUGGCUCGACAAGUUUUCAGUGCAGGACAUUCGGAUAGAGCUGGUUGACCUGCAAGCUCUGCAUGUGGUGCGCAAGUACAUGGAUUCCCAGGAAUGGCUGAUAGAGAGCAGCGUCAACUACCGGCUAGCGAUAGACAGAGUUAGGUGA